AUGUUGUCCCUGGCCCUGUUCCUGGCAAGGGCCGUUGACGCCCUUGCCAUUGACACACCCUCUCUAUCCGCUGCUGUUCGCCAACGAACAAGCCUCAACUCAGGUUGGCGCUUCUUCAGAACCGAGAACAACACCGACAACAUUGUCUAUCAAAACCGUGCAUACCUCGAGAACCGCCUAAAUGUGGAAAUUCUCAAGCCGUGGAUCCUUCCCUCGGGAAACGACUUUAUCAAGGACGCCGCAGACCGGCACCAACGGCCUAGCAAGGAACCCGCCACCAAGCUGCCCUACAUCAAUACCGACUUCGACGACGGUGACUGGGAAGAUGUCACUCUCCCACAUGACUGGGCCAUCAAAGGUCCCUACGACCAGAGCGUCGACGGCGGAAUGGGCCAUCUUCCCAGCCACGGGGUGGGCUGGUACCGUCGCACUUUUGAACUGACGGCUCAGGAUGUGCAGGAUAGGCAGAUCUACCUCGAAGUCGGGGGCGCCAUGUCGUACGCCAUGGUGUGGGUCAACGGGAAGAUUGUCGGUGGGUGGCCCUACGGGUACAACUCGUUCCAGCUGGACCUGACCGACUACGUUGACGAGGGAAAGGACAACCAGCUGGCCAUCCGGGUCGAUAACCCUAGGGAAUCAUCACGGUGGUACCCCGGUGGGGGUAUCUAUCGCGACAUCUGGCUGAACAAGGUGUCCAGGACACACGUGGGCCAGUGGGGCACGUUCAUCACGACGAAGAAGGUUUCCAACCAGUCGGCCAUCCUCGACCUCUCUGUUGAAGUGCAGAACAAUCUCGACGUCAAGACAAAGGUCAACGUCUCCACGUCAGUCUACUACCUCGAUGGAUCGCGCAUUAGGGACAAGGUAGCCGAGUUCCCCAGCCGGUGGAUCGAAGUCGGCGCGGGCAAAAAGGAUUCUCUCAUAGUCUCCGCCAAAGUCGCUAGCCCAAAACUCUGGGGCCCGCCUCCUGCACAGAAGCCGAACCUCUACGUCGCAGUCACUAAACUAUACAGCGCAAAGGGUGAGGAGCUGGACAGCUACGAAACCGAGUUUGGCAUCCGCACCGUCGACUUCACCGAGGACAAUGGCCUUGUCGUUAACAGCGAGCGAGUCCAGAUCCAGGGUGUCAACCAGCACCACGACCUCGGUGCCCUGGGCGCUGCCUUCAACGUAAGGGCUGCGGAACGUCAACUUGAGGUCCUCCGCAGCUUCGGUGUGAACGCAAUCCGCAUGUCGCACAACCCCCCUGCCACGGAGCUUCUCCAACUGACGGAUCGCAUGGGAUUUCUUGUCAUGGACGAGGUGUUUGACGUCUGGGCCGAGAAGAAGGUCGACUAUGACUUCCAUGUCAUAUUUGACGAUUGGAGUGAGGCCGACCUGCGCUCCAUGCUUCGCCGUGAUCGUAACCACGCGUCCGUCAUCGUGUGGAGCUUCGGCAACGAGAUCCAGGAGCAAGAUGAUGGUGAGGAUGGCGCCGCCAUCGGUUACCGACUGCGCGACAUUGUUCGGCAAGAGGACAAGACGCGCCCGACCACGUCGUCUAUGAACUGGGCCCAGCCACAUAACGUGGGCGCUCCCUUCAUCGACACCGUUGACGUCAUCAGCCUCAACUAUCAGGGUGGAGGUAUCCGAUAUGGGCCCAACUACCAGGGCCUGAAGGGCACUCGCACCCCGCCCAUGUACCUGGAGUUCCAUGAGUCGUACCCGGAAAAGUCCAUCCUGUCCACUGAGUCCACGGCGACCGUGAGCUCCCGUGGCAUCUACCUGUUCCCCGUGGUAGACGACUGGGGCGCCCCCGUCAACGACUCGUCCGGCGGGGACGAGACGCUGGCUCAGGUGAGCGCGUACGAGCUUUACACGGCUGAUUUCAGCGUUUCGGCUGAAAGGGUGUUUGAGUCACUGGACCGCAACCCCUAUGCCGCUGGCGAGUUCGUCUGGACCGGCUGGGACUACCUGGGUGAGCCUACGCCGUACGACGAGUCGCGCUCCUCAUACUUUGGCAUCGUUGACCUCGCCGGCUUCAGGAAGGACAGAUAUUACCUGUACCAGGCGCGAUGGAGACCGGACCACCCCAUGGCGCACAUCCUGCCUCACUGGAACUGGCCAGACCGAAAGGGAAAGGUGACACCCGUGCAUGUCUUUACGUCUGGUGACUCGGCCGAGUUGUUUCUCAAUGGAAAGUCGCUGGGGAAGAAGCAGAGGGGCCAGUAUGAGUAUAGGCUCCGCUGGGAUGAGGUCGAGUACACCCCCGGCAAGCUGCACGUCAUCGCAUACAAGAAUGGGAAGAAGUGGGCUGAGGACAGCGUCCAGACGACGGGGAAAGCGGAGAGCCUGCGUCUGACGGCUGACAGGGACGAGAUCAAGGCUGACGGGUAUGAUCUGAGCUUCGUCACCGUUGAGGUGGUGGACGGCGAGGGGAAUGUGGUGCCCGAGGCAGCUGAUACUCUUAACUUCUCGAUCGAGGGCGACGCAGCUGAGAUUGCGGCUACGGACAAUGGGGAUCAGCAUGACUUUGUACCAUUCCAGUCAACUGAGCGCAAGGCUUUUAGCGGAUCGGCACUGGUUAUUGUGAGGUCCAAGGCGGGUGAGAAGGGUGAGGUGAAGAUUACCGCGAAGGCUGAUGGUUUGGAAAGUGCAGUGGUGACGGUGAAGACGGAAUGA